AUGAGUAACGAUAGCAGUGUAACGAACGGACUAGCUGCGGACGAGUUUGUUGUUUCACGUAUUGCUGGUACCAAGAAACAGAAUGGAACUAGAUACUAUCUCGUAGAAUGGGAUGGCUAUGCUUUGAAUGAAAAUACAUGGGAGCAGGAGCACAAUGUGUAUUCUGAGCAGGCCAUCAAGGACUUUUACAACACUUACCGAAGAGAGAAGCACCUCAUUAAAAGCUUUGAUUUGGACAGUCUGGAAAAGAAGCUGUUGUUGAUGAAUUCCUAUGACCCCGACACAAAUCUAUAUACUACAACAAAGGCGCCUGCAGCCAGUGCCGUCAAAGCAUUUGUCACUUCCACAAAGACAGCCGCUACUACCACAACCACUAGCACCAAUAACACCAAAGCCAUUGCAUCCAAAAUUUCCUCAUCCAAAAAGACCACAACCAAGUUAAUUCUCAAUCCGCCUCAUCCUCUCAAAACGAGCAAAAAGAGAAGCAGGGCAUCUCUGGAAAGCGAAACGAACUCAGUCGUGGUAGCCAAGCCUGUAAAGAUGAAGAGCAGAAAGGAAAAGGUGUUGAAAGAUACGAUGGACAUCUUUGAACAAACCAUAAAGACUGUCAAAGGAUCUGUAAAGAACAAGUUCCCCAUCGUCCGUACAUCCAACCAAAAAAACGCCAAUACAUAUACUGUGGGAAAUCUCAAGACAAAGGUGUCAAUCAUCAACGAAAUUGACGAGGAAUCGCCUGCCAAUUUCAUCUACAUUGACCAGUUAAAGUACACAUCACCAGUGCAGCCUCCUGAUUCUGAUUUCCUGACUGGAUGCGACUGCAGUCGUUUCUCGGACUGCAUAGACGCUUGCCAUGAUGUAUCAGCGUACGGUGAUGACGGUAGAUUAAUCAUCAACCAGGGAACGGCCAUUUAUGAGUGUAAUCAAUCCUGUGAAUGUGGAGCUCGUUGCAAAAAUAGAGUGGUUCAGCGAGGACGAAAGAUUCCACUACAAGUGUACAAAACCAAGGGCAAGGGAUGGGGUGUUCGAAGCUUACAAGACAUUCCCAAAGGCACAUUUAUUGAAGAAUACAUUGGCGAGGUGAUUACAGUCGAGGAAGGCGAUAGCAGAGGUGUGGUCUAUGAUCAAUUGGGCUGCAGUUAUCUAUUUGACAUGGAUUUUGCUCAAUCUGAAUUACCAACAAAAUAUGUGAUUGACUCGUAUGCUCUGGGCAACGUGAGUCGAUUCUUCAACCAUUCAUGCUCACCCAAUCUCGAGGUAUUUGCAGUCUUUUACGACAGUGCUGACAACCAAAUGCAUCGAUUGGCCUUCUUUGCUAAACGGGAUAUCCACAAGAAUGAAGAGCUCUGCUUUGAUUACAAUGGCAGAACAGAUGUCUCCAACGAUGAACGAAAUAAGGGUGCUGCUCGAUACGCUUGCCAUUGUGAAGCACCUGGAUGUCGCAAAUGGAUCUACCAGUAA